UCCCCCCGGCCACCAAACCGUGAGUGUCCAACUCACUGUUCUUGUCUCUUUAAAAAAAAAAAAAAAGAAAAAUAUAUAUAAAAAAUAAAAAAUAACAAAACCGCAAUAAAAAAAAAAAAACAAUCAGGACCUAUUUGUUUUAAGAAAAUAGAUUUUUUUUUUUUUUUUUUUUUACAUUUUCCAUAAUUUAGAACAGGCCUCGGUGGUGUAAUCUUUUAAUUUAAUUUUAAUUUAAUUUUCCGACGCUGUGCUUUAAAGACAGACCAGAUUUCCACUCCGCAGCUGUCAGAACCACCGGCGACUGAUAAUUAAACGCGUCAAAGUUUUUAUUCCGGUUAAAAUCCAGAACACGCACUUCGGGGUCGGCGCUCGGACAGCAGGACAGCAGGACAGGAUCAUGAACGCGGCGGGGAGCAGCUACCCGAUGGCCUCUCUCUACGUGGGCGACCUGCACCCGGACAUCACGGAGGCCAUGCUAUAUGAGAAGUUCAGCCCGGCCGGCCCGGUGCUCUCCAUCCGCGUCUGCCGCGACAUGAUUACGCGCCGCUCUCUGGGAUACGCGUAUGUCAACUUUCAGCAGCCAGCGGACGCCGAAAGAGCUCUGGACACGAUGAACUUCGAUGUGGUGAAGGGCAAGCCCAUCAGGAUCAUGUGGUCACAACGAGACCCGUCCCUCCGCAAGUCAGGAGUGGGAAAUGUCUUCAUCAAAAAUCUGGACAAGUCCAUUGACAACAAGGCCCUGUACGACACCUUCUCAGCUUUCGGGAACAUCUUGUCCUGCAAGGUGGUGUGUGAUGAGAAUGGAUCUAAAGGCUACGCGUUUGUGCACUUUGAGACGCAGGACGCUGCAGACCGGGCAAUCGAGAAGAUGAACGGCAUGCUGCUGAACGACCGCAAGGUGUUCGUGGGGAGGUUCAAGUCCAGGAAGGAGAGAGAAGCCGAGCUUGGGGCCAAAGCCAAAGAGUUUACCAACGUCUACAUCAAGAACUUUGGCGAGGACAUGGACGAUGACCGGCUAAAAGAGCUCUUCGAUAAAUACGGUAAAACUCUGAGUGUAAAAGUGAUGACUGAUCCCAUGGGAAAAUCGCGAGGAUUCGGAUUCGUCAGCUACGAGAAACACGAAGAUGCUAACAAGGCCGUGGAGGAGAUGAACGGCACGGAGCUGAAUGGUAAGACCGUGUUUGUGGGACGCGCGCAGAAGAAGAUGGAGAGACAAGCCGAGCUGAAGAGGAAGUUCGAGCAGCUCAAGCAGGAGAGGAUCAGCAGAUACCAGGGUGUGAACUUGUACAUCAAAAACCUGGACGACACCAUUGACGACGAGAAACUACGUAAGGAAUUCUCUCCGUUCGGCUCCAUCACCAGUGCCAAGGUGAUGCUGGAGGAGGGACGCUCUAAAGGCUUUGGCUUUGUGUGCUUCUCUUCUCCUGAGGAGGCCACCAAGGCCGUGACGGAGAUGAACGGGCGCAUCGUAGGCUCCAAGCCGCUGUACGUGGCGCUGGCGCAGCGCAAAGAGGAGCGUAAAGCUCACCUUACCAACCAGUACAUGCAGCGCAUCGCCGGUAUGAGAGCCAUGCCCGCUAACGCCAUCAUCAACCAGUUCCAGCCCACCAGUGGAUACUUCAUGCCUGCUGUACCACAGGCCCAGAACAGAACCACGUACUACGCCCCCAGCCAACUCACGCAGAUGAGGCCGAACCCACGCUGGCAGCAGCAGGGGGUCAGAGGUCAGGGAGGAUUCCAGGCCGUGCCCAACUCUCUACGACAACCUGGCCCCCGUGCCAACCUUCGCCAUAUCGCACCCGGUGCCAACACCCAGGGACCGCGUGCCAUGCCAACAGGUGCCCAGAGAGGGGGUGGUAGCGGUCAGCCCAUGGGUGCUCGCCCUGGACUCGGAGUAAGCACACCACGUGCCAUGCCACCCUACAAAUAUGCCACAGCCGUACGCAACACCCAGCCUCAAGUAGUUCAACCAAUCACCUUACAACAGGCCCAGCCAGCGGUACAUGUACAAGGUCAGGAGCCUCUCACAGCCUCCAUGCUGGCUGCAGCUCCUCCUCAGGAACAGAAGCAGAUGUUGGGUGAGCGUCUGUUCCCGUUGAUCCAGGCCAUGCACCCAACUCUGGCGGGAAAGAUCACAGGGAUGCUUCUGGAGAUUGAUAACUCGGAGUUGCUGCACAUGCUCGAGUCCCACGAGUCUCUGCGCUCCAAGGUGGAGGAGGCCGUUGCCGUGCUUCAAGCUCACCAGGCGAAGAAAGACGCGACGCAAAAAGCUGGAGUAGCCGCUGCCACUGCUACGUCUUGACGUGGAAACCUUACGGUCCAAACGGCCGCAAACUCAUGAAGUGCACACAACCCUAGCUGGUGCCUCCUUUCACAACUAGACAAAAUAUACAGUAAUAGACAAAAAUAUACAGUACAUACGUAUAUAUAUAUCUACAUAUAUAUGUAUAAAAAAAAUUAAAAAAAAGAGUAAAAGUGAAAGUCAAAAACAUACUUGAACGUUUUAUUGCAGGGCUUAUAUUUUAUAACUCUGUAAUCAUUUUUAAAUCAACACCCACCCUAUUUAAAGCAUAUUUAAACAUGGAGACGUGUGGCCCGGAUGGACAGAUCCCCUUUUUUCCUAUAAGGCCAUCGAGCUUGGAGUUUUUCUCUUUGUUUGAGAGGUGUGUGUGUGUUUUUGCUGGGUUGCUCAAACUCUGAGUGGUGUGGCCUUCAAAAUAAAGGGAUGACUGUUUCAAA